CAUUCUGGGUGUGGCAGCCAAGGUGUGUCUGGGUGUUGACUCACUGUCAGAUACCAGGGUUUAGACUAAAGUCUGCCCGUCCCCAUUCAGGCAACAAGUGCCGGAUUAGACGAGUCUCUUCUUUUAACGGUGUGAGAAAUAUAUCCUCCUUCACUCUUUAGACGGUCUACUAGCGGAGGAGUUCCGCUCCUAACGACAAAGUGCAUUGAAGGUCUCAAGAAUGGCGAAUGUUUUAAUUUCCAACCUCUGCUUGGUAUUGGUACUGUCCGUUGUGGAUUCAUGUUUUAUUCCGGACUCUCUGUACAUAAUUGUGCCAGGAACAAUUCUGAACGGGCGAAAAAUCACCACAGUUGAAGUUGCCGACUGCGACACUAACUCAAUGACCUUAUCUUUGAGCGACCCGAAUUUCACAAUAAAACGGAAUGGAGAAAUAGAAGCUGUAAGGAGUGUUUCAGUGCCCGGACAUGGGCGGACAUUUUCUGUGUGGGCCCGGGACAACAAUGGACCGGAAAGUGAGAUGGUUGUCCACCUUGUGCACAGUGCAGUACAGGAAAAAAAGCCCAUUCCCUCAAUCUAUCUGAGACGUACCAAGAGACGUUGGAGUCCACCACCCUUCAACAUAUUAGAGAAUGAUAAAGGACCUUAUCCAAGAAACAUUGAAGAGAUCGUGUCGGACUCUGAAGCCAAACAAAAAGUGUACUACACCCUCAGUGGACCUGGUUUCAAUCAGCAUCCAGUGGGAGUGUUUUCUCUUGACAGGGCAACUGGGAUGUUGGUUGUACACAAAGCAGUUGAUCGUGAAGAAUUCCCAAAGUUUAUAUUAACAACCAGAGUUUUCAACAAAAUAACUGAUGUGGAGACGGACGAGCCGUUGGACAUUCAAGUUAUUGUAGAUGAUGUGAAUGACAACGCUCCAACAUUCAAAGACCCACUACAAUUCACAGUGCUUGAGAAAAGCCCCGUAGGGUCAGAGGUUGGGAAAGUGAAUGGUGUCGACAGAGACCAAGAGGGAAGCCUCCACGUCAAGAUCAAGUACACUCUGUUGGAUGGAUUAGACCGGUUUGCCAUUCACCCAGUCACUGGUGUCAUCAGCACAGUCACUAACACCCUGGACAGAGAGGAGCAAGAGAAGUGUUUGGUGACUGUACAAAUCAAAGAUUUGGAUGGUGCAGAUAAAGGUCUAUCCAACACAGGAACAGCAACCAUUACUCUGGGAGAUAUCAACGACAACCCACCAACUUUCACAAAAUCUUCUUAUGCAGCCGAUGUCCCAGAAAACGUCAAUGAAAAACUCAUCCUCACAAUUCCCGUUGAAGAUAAAGAUUUAAAAAACACACCAAAUUGGAUUUCCAAAUUUGUCAUAACCAAAGGAAAUGAAAAAGGACAUUUCAGGAUUGACACUGACCCCAAAACGAACGAGGGGCGUCUGUAUGUCUCAAAGCCCUUGGAUUACGAGCAGAACAAAAAUGUGAAGCUUGAAAUUAUGGCACAAAAUGAAGUUGAACUGACCGGCACCACGGCCAAAUGGGUGUCCAUCCCUGUGGAUGUCAACGUCAUCAAUGAAGAUGAGGGUCCGGCCUUCACGCCUCCUACUGUGAAAUUCAAUGUCAAAGAGAACACAGCGAACGGUACAUUGAUAGGAAGUUACAUUGCUCUCGAUCCUGAGACAAAGAGCAGCAACGGCAUCAGGUAUUUCAAGGUCAAAGACCCAGCUUCAUGGAUCAACGUCGAUAAAAAUAGCGGAGAGCUGAGGGUGGCGAACACAAUUGACAGAGAGUCACACUUCGUCCAGGAUGGAAUUUACAACAUCACCGUGAAGGCUGUUGAUGCUAGCUCCAAGACAGGAACAGGAACAGUCAUAAUUGUGGUGGAGGAUGUCAACGACCACAUGCCUGAGAUUCCCACCAGCGAGUUGGUCGUGUGUGAGCAGGAAGGACGGCUCGGCUCUGUGCUGGUUGUGGCUGAAGACCUCGACUGGUCUCCCUUUUCUUCCCCCUUCAGUUUCAGUUUACCAAAGGAUAUCGAGGGCAAAUGGUCUUUGACAAAGUUUAAUGACACGGCAGCUACGUUGAAGCACAUCAAAGACCUUCCUACAGGGAUAUACGAGGUUCCCUUGGAUGUCACAGAUCUGCAGGGCUAUGGGAAGACUCAGGUGGCGAAAGUGAGGAUCUGCCAGUGCAGUAAUGGAGCCUGCUUGGACAAGGACCACUCUGUGUCGUUAGGGCCAAUGGGAAUACUGGCUCUGCUGCUGCCUCUGUUGCUCCUCCUGCUCCUCGGCUUGUUGCUAGCAUUCUUCUGUGCGACAAGCAGAGAGAAUCUAAAAAUUGAAGAUGGGGAUAGUGGAGGAAUCCUGCUCAAAUCAAACACGGAGGCCCCAGGGGAAGAAGUGGAUUCAAAUCUCAUUAAUGUUCCCAUUGGUGUGGGUGAACACGUAACAAAGGGCUCAGUUAAGGGGAAUUUUGGGAGUGCAGGAGGGGCAUGGACAGGGAACGGUGGCUUGCAAGAAGAAGGGAUGUACACGAAAAGCGAUAUGCAAGAUUUCUAUUCUAGCCAGUAUGACCAGUACGGUCAACAGAUCAGUAGUAUGGGUGGCGGUAUGGGUGGCGGUAUGGUUGGCGGAAUGACCUUUGACAGCAGAUACCUCACCCAGGACUCCACCUUUCUCCGCAACUGGCAAACAAAUGGCCGCUAUCUAGACAAGGUUUAAUAACUUCUUUUUAAUCUAUAAGCACUAAGAAACUGAUGUACUUUGGAACUGAGGAGGACGGGCGGUACGCAGACGACGUCAUCCAUUCCUACGGGUUUGAGGGGGUGGGCUCGGCAGCUGGCUCUGUGGGAUGCUGCAGUGACUUUGGCGACAACGGUAACCUCGACUUUGUCAACACGCUCGGACCCAAGUUCAAAACUCUUUCCGAGGUGUGCAUGAAGACAUGAACAAUGAAGCGCAACAUCUAUUGGUGUUAACUGUACAGGAUGGGGAGAGGCCUAGGAUCUGGUAUGCCCCUGAACACGGAGGAGAAAAACAACAACGUGGUGGCGUCACUGUGUGCUGGGCUAUUGCUUUUUGUUGUUAGUUAUGCUUAUUUGGGGAAAGAAAUGUUGCACUGGAAACUAUGCAAAUGCAGUCAGUUGUACAUACUUUGUGUUUGUAAUGUGCUUUUUCCUUAAGAGUCUUGGUUUCCCGACAAACCUUCCAUAAGCUUUACCUGCUUCUACUCCUGAAAGGUCACGGGGGGGCUUGUUUUGCAGGGUCAUAAUGGUAAUGGUUUUGAUGUAUGCAGCGAAGGGCUGACGGGUUUUUUUAUCUGCUGAAAGUCAUAAGUGGCGUUUUUGGAUUUUGUAAAUAAUCUCUGUUCAUUGUAAAUGACACAAAGAUGCAUAAGUGGCUUGCUAAAUUAUGUAGUUUUGAUAAGGUUUUUUAAAGAAAAAUAAAACUAAUAAAUAACUCAAUGAAAUAAGGCAAUACUUUAACUCCCGUCUUAUUACUUCUUUCAAAUGACCUUUGCUUGGAGUUAUGAAUCCAUUUUAAACAAUAAUGUGGAUUCGUCUGUCCUGGAUUUCAGAAUCAUUCAAAAUCGCAGUAAUUAUCUGAGUAAACACAUUCCUGUAUUCUGGCUGUUGACCGUUGAUUGGGCGUAGCUCAGCCCUGUGUGUCAUAGAGGAUGAACCAACAUACUGACUGUAAUCCUGUGAAAGUCAGCACAAGGGCGUGAAUGUGAUGAGUAAGAUGUCACUGUCACUGCAUACUACUCUGUAAAUACAAGAUGAGCAGACACAAGUAAAGCUGUGCAGAUCAGAAAAAUGUCCUUGAAUCAGAAUCAGAAUCAAGGUUAUUGCCAGGUACGUUUACACAUACAAGGAAUUUGAUUUGGUGCGAACAUAAACUAUCUCAGAAAAUAAUUUGCAAUAGUAUAGGUAAAGAAUGUAAACGUAAUAAAAUCAGUAUUUAAAAAAACCUAUAUAUUUAACGAAUUAAAAAGAGCUGAGAGCCGUAAGAGCUAAAAAAAAAACAGAAACACCUGAUUGAACCUGAUAAUAUAAAGGAAUCUUUACAUAUGUGCAUAUUAAGUUGUUUAAGAUGUAAUUGUGCAUGGCCAUUAACGACUGUUUCUCAUGGUGCUGCAGUAGCAAAGAUGAUAUCAAUUUAUUUUUAAUAUAAUUUGAGAUUUCUAUAAAAUUCAAUUGUUUUAGAAUAGGUUAUACAGCUAAUGAAAAACUUAAGAGACCACUACACAUUUUUUCUAAAUAUUUACCUCUUUAUGUAUGGCAUCCAUUCCAAUGACUGUUGAAUUCCAACAUAGAGACAUGUUGUCAGUACUUCAUAGAAUACAAUUAAAAUAAAUAAAACAAUCAUUUAUCUCAAAGACACACCUAUAAAUAGUAAAGCCAGAGAAACUGAUAAAGCUGCAGUGGUUCAUUUCUUUCUGGAGUUGUAUGUUUUUUUAAGUGAACUGUAACUCAACUAUAUGCUCUAAAGAUGGCUCAUCGCUUUGAUCAAAUGUAACAGUGUGUUUUUUAUUAGAAUUACCUUAAAAUAUGAAAUAAAAAAGGUUUUCUCUUA